AAAGUAAUAAAUCAAAUAAAUCAAAUACUAAUUGGCGCACAAAUUUGACAGGUGGCCGGAACGUAAGUUUGGUACUCGGCAUGUAAUAAUUAUUCUCAGCCAAUUUGAGAGCAGACGACCAGUGGUAACGGGAAUAACUAUUAAUGAAUGAUAAGGAUAUGAAGAGACAAGCAGAAACUUUUCUUGACAAUUAUCUGAGUAGCAUAGGGUUAUGGAGAAAACCAGUUGCAAGAGAUGGUUUGUCAUUGUUCAGGGCAGUUUCAGAACAGCUAUUCAUGACUCAGACUUUUCACACCAAUCUGUAUGAAGCGUGUAGGAUUGUGUUUCUGCACCUGGGCAUGGAUCCUGAAACAGACUGGACAGAGAUAGAAGUUAUACAGAUCCUCUCUAGAAUGUAUAGGAGGGAUUUCUUGAUAUAUGAAAGUGUUGGACAUGCUCCUUUCAAAGCUUCUAACAAUAAUUACAAUAAAAAGAUUUUGUUGUGUAGAAUAGGUGAUAAUCAGCUGGACUCUGUUUAUCAAAUUAGCUUUAAAGAAGAUGCUGCAAUAUGUCAGUCUAUUGUUUAUGAGAUGUUGUACCGUAAUGUAUUCAAGCUGGAUACAGAAUUGACGGAAGCUGUUGCACUUAUACGAGACCAAAACAAGAGGAAACUGACCAUGUAUGGCAACAGGUUUGAAGAACUAGAAGACUCCUGUUUAAAGAAAUUUCAAGACAUGCAUUGCUCUAUUAGGGACCGUAACUUACGUAGAAUAUCACCACCAGUUCCGUACAGGAUAGCUAAGGCACUGGACCCGUGUAUCUAUAGAAACGUAGAACUGGAUAUCUGGGAAGAAGAGAAAAGGGAGCAAAUCAAAGAGUCUCCCGAAUACAGAGAACGGUUUGCACCCGGAGACAAAUGCCAGGUGAUAUUAGAAGGUGAACAUUAUCAUGGGCAUAUACAGGAAAUAAGUGCUGAAGAUAAUACUGCAGUUGUUUUCAUUCAUGAACUUGGAGAAAAGAAAUCUGUGUUAAUCAGCUGUUUGAAGACCCCUCCUUCACCUAGAUAUAGCUGUUUGUCUCAUUCUAAAUACUUAAAGAGGAAACAGGAUAUGCCAAUUUCCUCGACUGGUUCUGGAAGUAACACAUACGAGAAUACAACAAUAAAGUACCCUAUCUACCACCAAAGGUUACCUGUUCAACAAGAAGUCAAUUAUACAUCCACUGCUUUUCAAGGGUAUAACUUUGAAACAACAUAUACAUAUCAGGGAGAUAUGAUGGCUAAUGCCAACUCACCAGGCUAUGUUGGCAUGGAUACAUCUCCUGUCAACAAUGCUAAGACUAACAUUAAUAACCAGAUGUCACCACCAGGAGUUUUACAGAGAUAUGCUGCACCAGUGCCAGGUAUGAUACCUCAAGGGGCAGUGGCAAGUCCAUAUAUUUACAACUCCCUUAUACCCAACUCGAACCAGACAUACUCCUGUGUCUGUGUUCCUUACCUAGAGAGCAUAGCCGUCAAAGAUGUCAAUAUGAAUUGUCUCCCUUCACAAGAUACAACAGGAAAGGAUCUGCCAGAAAUGAAUACAUUGAGAUUUUUCUACAAUUUAGGAGUGGAGAACUACAGACUGAUAAGUCAUGGUGGACCAAUGUGGCCAACAGUGGAGAUGUCCCAGAUGAUGCCACCAAAUGGAAUGGUAACGCAGGACCAGCUCAAUGGCAAUAUGUGUGGUCAGUUUGCUCUUCCUCCUCCCAUUCAGUAUUCAUCACAAAAUGAACACCCUACCAAUGAACAAACUCUGCAAAAUGGAAACAGACAAAAUCAAACUUACCACUAUCAUCCUUACAUACCUACAACUUACCCCCAAGGCUCCCCAGUUAGUAAACGGAAAUCACCGUCAGAGUCUCCGGUCACGUCCCCAAACAAAGGUCAGACUGUGUCUGCUGGGGAUGAUUCAUUAGAUAGCAAUGAUUCUGGUUGUGAUUCAGAUAGCACAAGUAGUGCUCAAUGUAAUGGUUGUAAGGAAAUGGAGGAUACUAGUAGUGCUGCUACAACCACUGUUGUAGAACUCGAACAAAAACUAGACAAUUAUAUUGCUAAGGUUGAUGAAACUGACAAUACAAGUUGUAUAAGUUCUACUACAGAGUUUCAGGUUCCUUCUAAACCGAAACCUAAAAGGAAAUAUUAUAUGUAUGGUAAUUUAAAACUUGUCAAACCGAUAAAAGAUAUACCCCCUAAAUUUUUGUCUAUGUUGAAUAGUUUAGGUGCAGAAAAGGCCAGGUGUGAAGGCGAACCAAUUAUCAUACCUUUCUUGCCACCAAAACCGUACCGUAAAUAUAACAAGCCUCAGUCAAUACCUGAAGCAAGUGGCACUGUCAAUAGUGUAGAAAGCCAUGGUUUCAAUCCCGAGGCAAAAUGUUUUGUUCCUGGAGAUUCGGUCAUGCAAGACCCAAGUAUUAUCGCUUGUAGUAAUAAUCAGAAUGCAGCAGUGCAAUAUGUUCCUUAUGGGAUUUACCCAGCCUCUAGUAAAGCUGAUAGUAGUUUAGUAUAUCCGCAUAAUGUACACAAUAUAUAUACCAAUACACCGCAAUCUCUUGCACACGCUAACUCUGGUGAUGGAAGCCAAGGGAAUCCAAAUACUUUAUCUAAUCCUAGCAACACUAACUAUGGUGAUGGUUCUAAAUAUAGCAUGCCUACUCUCUCCACAGGUCAAGCUUGCCCCACAUAUCCUGUCUCGUGUCCAGUCUACUAUGCUGCACCUGGCUCUUAUAAUGGAGCCCAGGCUUUCCUGCCACCACCUAAUGGAGUAACAGGACCAGGGACAUACCCACAGCUCUGUAGCAUGCCACCACAGGUUCAAGCCAUGCAGACAGCAUAGUUAACAUAGACAAUGAUAUAAGCUUAGAACAAUCAGAAGUGCUGCCCUAAUUUGUAUAUGUUAACAUUGAUAAAAUUGACUUGCCUCAAACAUAACUUUCAUACAUUUAUUUAACUUUUCUCUACAAAUUUGUAACUUUCAGAACAGUCACUUUAUAUUAUAAUUCUAUAGUUUAAUAAGAAAAUUUAAUAAGAAAUAGAACUUAAAGAAGAGAUUAGUAAGUUCUUGAGGCAAGUCAGUUAAGUUGAAAACUUCUAUCCCAAAUGUUGGUUAAGGGUUCAUUUUAAGAUAUUAGAUAUAGUUAAAUGCUACUGAAAAGUUUGACAUUGGCUUAAUCUUAAUCAUACAUAUUUACUCUUUCAAAAUCAAAGUUCUGAAGUAUAUAAUGUUAUGAACUAAAUACAUGUGUUUUGGAAUACUGCAAUGUAUGUGUAGGACUCGCUGAAUUUCAGGUAAAAUAAUAACAAUAGAUAGGUACUGUAAUAUAGAUUGGAUACUGCAAGAUGCUUAAUAAAGUGUAACUAAUUGAUACAUUUAGAGAAACUUUUCUUUAAAAGAAUAAACAACAUAAUAUAUUGAAUAUUCUUGUUAUAUAGGAAUUUCUUCGCAGUUCUAAAUGUUAUCAGUUUUGUUUUCUAAAAGGGUCAAGUAUCUUUGGAGGUUGUGAAAUUUUAGUUAAUUUAGUAGACUGUAAACAGGUUAUGGUUUUGAAACUAAUUGUGAACGAGGCUGUCAGGAAUGUAGUUUGUGACUUUCAUUAGUCCUUGGGGAAGCAAAGGAUUGGCGGGAAUGACUUUUAUGAGAAAUUUACUUUUCAUUUAGCUUUCUUAUUUGAUAGAUAUAUAGAAUAAUUGUCUUUGAUCUUCAUUAGUGUGUUUUGGUUUUUUUGGCUUUAGGUAUGUCUGUUAAUGAGUAAAUAAUAACCAAUUAUCUAUUCCGUUUGAGUAAAUAAUUACCAAUUAUCUGUUCUGUUUAUGAGUAAAUAUUUACCAAUUGUCUAUGCAAAUAUGUAUUGAAUCAAUCUAUAUUUCAAUUGUCUUUUGAUUCUAGUCCAUAAGGUGCUCAGUAUCCAGUUUUAACUGCCUUUUUUCACCAAAUAAGCUUCAUAUUCCAACAUUUGCACAUCUCAUGUUGUAAAAAUAACCAUUUCUUAAUCAUUAUUCCAUGUUUACAUAAGCAAUAUAGAUCUGACAUUUAUAUAUGAACAUUUAUAAUUGGAAAAAGGGACAUUAAGCUUCAUGUUAUUUUUUCCAUGGUCAUUUUAUAAUUAUAUUUUACUUGUUCACUUUAUUUUAUAUAUAGUUUUUGACGUCAUGCUUUAUCAUGUACUGUUGUUGCUAAGCAACAUGAUCCAUUGAGUAAAUGGAACAUGUUGAUAACAUUUCUGGCGUAAAUUUUGUUUUUUGAUACAUUUUAUUUUUGGAUGUGCUGUGCACCAUAUUAGUGCAAGUCUGUGACAAGAGAGCCUCUGAGAGUGCCUUAUAUUCCAUACAUCAUACACUAUUUUACUGUGACAUUGAGACUGUGUCAAUUCACAUAAUACUGAGCUGGAAUCUCAUUACACAUUUUUUCUCUCCAAUUCAUCAUUUAAGCCGCGUCAUGGCAAAACCAACGUAAUGUGUUUGCGACCAGCAUGGAUCCAGACCAGCCUGCGCAUCCGCUCAGGUUGAUCAGGAUCCAUGCUGUUUGCUAUCAGUUUCUCUACUUGUAAUAGAGUUGGUAAGCGAACAGCAUGGAUCCUUAUCAGACUGUGCGGAUGCGCAGGCUGGUCUGGAUCCAUGCUGUUCGCAAACGCACUAUGUUGGUUUUGUUGUGACGCGGCUCAUUUAAGAUUUGUGUGUUUAAAAGCACCAGAACAAGUGUCUUACAUCAUCCAAAUUUCUCAAAGUUAGUUUGGAUUUUUUUUUUUAUAAGAAUUUAUGUGUGUGUGUGUAAAGAAAAUGUAUAAAACAAGUAUUGUAGUGUAUGAUGUGCUCAUUUCUAUGAAAUGUUGUUGAUUUUUUUAUUAAUACAAAAAAAGUGCCAUUUCACAUUAUUUCCUAGCUUCCGUAUUUCAGGCACUGGUAUACUUAAAAAAUGAGGAAAUUUUGAGUUUGAUUUUAACAUACGUGAAAAUAACUACUAGAUCUACAAGUGCAGUUUAUGAUUUUCAUAUAACAUGAAAGUUAAAACUUUUCUGAAUUUAGAGAGUAGGUUAAUUCUUUCUUGCAAUUGAAAUGUUGUUCACUUAAAAAUGGCCAGUAAAAAAAAAUACAAUUUUAGGAGUUCAUGACCAAUGGUUUUGGCAGAUACUGUGAGCUGAACAAAUUAAGCAAUCACCCAUGUUUAGUUUUGUGUUAUAGGAGAGAAGGGGGGUUGUGUUUUUUCACCAAACACAAUUGUCUUUUAUAGUUCUGCUAAAUGUUUCUGGGAUAUAUGUAUUAUAAGGCUUGAUAUCUUUUUAAGGCAAGUUUGCCAUUGUGUAUGAAAAGUAUGGGAGCUGAGUGGGUAGUGAAAUCAUAGAAUAGCCAACUCUCAUACAUUUGAUGUUAUUUCAUAGUUGUUUUAUUAGAUAUUUUAUGCUUACAAUUUUUCCUUGUAAUUGUUCACUUAUAAUAUGACUUUAGAAUUCCAUGUUUAUUUUUUUAUGCUCCCCGAAAAAUUUAGGGGGAGCAUAUAGUCGCUGCCUUGUCCGUCAUUUCGUUCGUCCGUCCAUCCGCUUUUCUUGUCCGGGACAUAACUUUGAAACAACAAGAGGUAUCAACAUGAAACUUUGUAGGUAGAUAAAUCUCAUUGAGUAGGUGUGCAGUGCACAAGAACCGUAACUCUGCCUUGCCUAAUUUUUUAAUUAUUCCCCUUUAUUUAUUUUACACUUUAAACUUUGUCCGGGACAUAACUCUAAAAGUAUAAAAGGUAUCAACAUGAAACUUUGUAGGUACAUAGAUCUCAUUGAGUAGGUGUGCAGUUCACAAGAACCGUAACUCUGCCUUGCCUAAUUUUUUAAUUAUCCCUGUUUGUUUAUUUUACACUUUGAACUUUGUCCGGGACAUAACUCUAAAAUUAUAAGAGGUAUCAACAUGAAACUUUGUAGGUAGAUAGAUCUCAUUGAGUAGGUGUGCAGUGCACAAGAACUGUUACACUGUCUUGCCUACUUUUGGAGUUAUUGCCCUUUGUUCAUUUUGACACUUUGAACUUUGUCCGGGACAUUACUUGAAAAUUAUAAGAGAUAUCAACAUGAAACUUUGUAGACAAUUUUUUAUACUUUCCUGUGUCCAGAACCUUCUCGGGGAGCAUCAACCGGUUCUUGUUUUUGUUUAUUGAAGUGAUUCCUUGUAAUUAUUUUAGUUUCUUUCUAUAUGUAUAUAUUUUGAAUUUAAUACCAAUCAUUUUGAAAUCAUUUGUGUUUCUUUAUCUCCAAUUGCUGUUCAUUUUAACAUUGCUAUUAAUUCCAUUUCUUGUUGAGACCAUAAUAUUUUAUGCUGUUGAAAAAGUUUUUAGAAAAUUCCAAUGUAUUUGAUUUAGACAUUCAUGAUUACUAAGUUAUUUACAACUUGUUACUGAUCUUCAGAGUUUAUAUUGUUGUGUGUGUUACCUAGUUACAAUAUGAAAUGACGCUGUUUAUGACAGAUAUUUGUAAAUUUAAAGACUCUUCCUCUAUACAUUGUGCAUGUGAUGUACAGAUUUAGUAAUAAUCAUUGUUCAUAUAACAAAUAAAUGAUCAUCACAUUAGAUUUAUGUUGCUCCACCACAUUUUUUGCACAUUAAACAAAAACUUGCAUAUAAAAAUGAUAUUUAAAUCACCAAAAUUUUACACUAAUAUUCACAUCUUCAAUUGUUGAUUGUGCACCAGAAUCAUUUUAAUGUCAUUUAACUUCUGUAACCAUCCUGAGAUUUUUAUGGUAUUUUUUAACUUGCAUAUGCUGGUCUCUUUCAUUGUUUUGAAAAAAAAUGCAUAUAUGUAUUAACAAUUAACGAAGCUUACAUUUAAACCAUGCAUUAUUACUUUUUAAACAGAAUUUUCAUGAGGCCUUUGUAGUUCACGGGGUCAUAGGUAAUCUAAAUAAGACCUAGAUAAUAUCAAUAAUUUCUACUGUUGUAUUGUGCAGCUAAAAGGUCACUGCACAUGGAUCAUGUUCUUAUGUUUACCCCUUGUUGUACAAUUGUCUAACAAGGUUGAAGGUGUGAUAUUAGAUACCUGUUUAAGAUCUUCAUUACUGAAAGAUGUAAGUAAAAGUCAUAGAAUUGGUUCCAAUUAAAGAUGACUAUUUUACUGUGUUGUAAUUAUCAACAGAAAGGUUUAUGGUAUGAUACCAUCUCAAAGGAGUUACAUUCAUGACUUGAGAAGAGCAAUUUAUGUAUUAAUGUGAAUUGUCAACCUUUAUUAUGUUUAUUCAUUAAAAUUGAUUGCCUUUUAAAACUUUUGUCAUUGUGUCUAAUUGGUUAUUUUUCUUGCCCUUAGUCUUGGCAGUUUUUUUGUCAUCUUGUAAUAUUUAAACAAAACAGUUUAUACUAUAUUAAUCCUUUAGACAACUUGGAAGUCUGUAAAUUAAUUAAACUAUCCUUGUGACUAAAAGUUUCUACAGAUGUGUUGAUUAGUUUAAUGACUCAAUGUUUAAGCUCUGACCAUAAUUUCACUAAAUAUGUAAAUGAUUCAGCUAAGACCUUGCUUUAGUAGGCCCAGACCUUGCUUUAAUUGAUUAAGAAUCAAAAUUAAAGUCUCUUGAAUGAAACUGUUAAACACAGUUUGAAUAGUACCAAUAAAGAAUUACAAUCACACCGUUUUUGAUAGUAAAAAUAAAAAGCAAAAGAUAGUAAAAAUAAUAAGGAAUCAAUCAUGAUAAUGAAUAAUAUGUCGUGCCGGUUUUAAUUAUUACAAGAUGCCUAAAACUGUUAAGAAUUCAAGUUAGAUAUAAUACUCUGUUAAAUUCUAUGUAUGGUGAAGGGAUUUUAUGUCAUGUUUUAUCAACUUUAACUUAACACAGCAGAGCCAGAACUAUUUUAAUGUCAUUUAUCAAUACAGACAUUCUAAUUAUCAUUUUUAUCUUGUUUUUGUAUCGGUGAUUGGUUAACCAUCUGUUUCCAAGACAGUUUUAUAAUUGAACAUCAGUGUGUCCUAGGAUAAAUUAUGUUUGUUUUAUAAUUUAAACAUUUGUUUUCCUGUUAUUUACUACAGUUAAGUUGCACUGAACUUGUACCUUCCCUUACAUUAAACAUCAGGGUGACUGUUUAUUAAAAAAUAGUUAUGUCAGAUGGCAUGGUAACAAACAAUUUCAAACUGAAUAAUUUUUCAAUGAAAAAUAAAUAAGUCCAUUGAUUUCACAAGAAAAUACUAGAAUUUUUCUCUAACCUGGUCUCAGUUUAUGUCACCCUUUUAUUACUAAAUUGCUGAAAUUCUUGGGCUAUUUUAAAAAACAGUACUACAUCAAGUAUUUUAAGAACAUGUUAUUUUAUAAUUAUACUAAUUUUCUUUAUUAUACCGGAGCUCUGUUUUCGUGUUGUGUAUAUAUUUCUUUUUUCUAAUGGUAUAUGUUUAGCUGUUGAGACUAUUUUAGGUGCUUGACAUAAAAGAACUAGGAAAAUCUUUGUUCUAGCAGCCAAGAUAAUGAAGAUAUAGCAUUUAAACAUCACAUCAUGUUUUAAGAUUGACCUUUAAUUAAUAUUGAACAUUAAAAAAAGUUUCACCAUAUUCACUGCAAAACGUUCAUUGUAAAAAAAGCAAAAAGUAAAUUUGUAACUUUGACUCUCACACAGAAACUAAUGCUUAUUUAUAUAUUUAAACAUAUAAAAAGUUAACUCAGAUAUUGAUAGGAAAUUAAAUGACCUUAUUUUAUUACACCCACUCAAUUAUUUAUUGCUAUGUUAUGUAUGUUUUUGUUAUUGAUUUAGUUAUUUUAUUUUAGUUUAUUGUUACAUACCACUUCCUGAAGUUUAUCAUAAUUAUUUUUUGUUAUUCAUGAAUGUUUAUUUAAUUUCUUUUAUUUUGUCUCUAGGCAUAUAUACAUCUGUUAUCUUGUUUUUAUUUUGGUCUGUGUGUUUUUAUUCUUAAGACAUUAAAAUGAACAAAAUAUUAAGAGAGGUAACAGAAAAAAGUUUCAAAGAUCUUUUCAGCUUUUAUAAUUGCAGUAUUCUUUAAUUGAGCCAAGGCAAUGCAAACGCUACUGUACAUCAUGUACAUUGCCAUGAAUAAGAAGAGUUAAAAAUAUUACUCAGCAUAGAAAACUACAAUUAUAUGAUAUUUGACACGACCAAUAUUUCACACAAGCUGUUUAAAAUAUUUGUCAGUACGCCAGUUCUUGGAUCUUCUAAUGUGUAAACUUUGUUCUUUUAAGAUAUCAUGAACAUUUAUGCAUUUUAUUUUUUACAGGCUUUAAAGUAUCUCUGCUCUGCUGGGCAUCUACAGCAAAUGAAUUGAAAUUACUAUAUUGUUUAUCCUUUAUUAUGGCUCAAAUACUUACUCUAUAUAACUUGUGUCACAAAUUAUAACCAAAAAUGUUUUAUUUCUUUUCCGAACAAAAUUGCUUGCUGCCAUGAAAAUAUAUUCAUCUCCUAUUGCCACAUGACUAGGCUAAAUAAUAUGCCUGAAUUAUAAGAGAAAUUUAAAUGACAAAAUAAAUGUAUAUUCAAUUUUUUUGUACUUAAGUUUGAGAUUGAACUUGUUGAAAUUUACUCCUCAUAAAAAUAAAAUUUGUUCCUGA